AUGGAGGACGAUCAAAGCAUCAAUAAAACUGAUGACUAUGAUGUUGUAAAGAUGGAUAAUAUUUUGGAUGGCAACGAUCCUGGUUAUGGUCUUAUGCAUGUUGACGAUGAUGAGAAUUCAGCACCCAGAAAAUCCAUGUUUCGGAUCCGACGCAAUCCUACAUGGGAUCCGAGUAUGGGAUUUGUCCACCUGGGCAGAGGGCAUUCUUCGGCAAAUAACAGAUAUGAAUACCGAUGUUGA